CAGAGGCAGUGGGGAACCGAGGAGCCAGCCGCCGCUCGAGCCGGGACCCCGCUCCUGCACCUUUCUCCCACCAUGCCGGACGAAGCCACGGAAAACGCCGGCUCCACCUCCGCUCGCGUCUCCUCUUUCUUCAUCGAGGACCUGCUGGGCACCGAGGGCAAGGCAGGCGGCGGCGGGACUCGGCAGGCGGCUGCGGAAGGCGGUGGGCGCGGGGGUUCACGCUCCCCGCUGCGCCUCGGAGCCCCGGGCUGCCCCCUCCGCGACGCUGCCGUCGGCUGGUACCGCCGAGCACACGCUGCUUUCCUGGGCUGCACCAGCCCCGACACCAGCGACCGGGACUCCCCCGAGCUGCCCGAGGAACCGGUGGAACGGGCAGGCAGCGGCGCGCGGGCGGCGGUACGGGGAUCGACGGGCGGCCGUGCGGGGCCGGGAGGCCGUGAGGAGGAGGAGGAACGUGGCGAGGAGCCAGGAGAACCGGAGCAACGCGCCGCCGGUCGCAAGAAGAAGACGCGCACGGUGUUCAGCCGCAGCCAGGUCUUCCAGCUGGAGUCCACCUUCGACGUGAAGCGCUACCUGAGCAGCUCGGAGAGGGCAGGGCUGGCCGCCUCGCUGCACCUCACCGAGACCCAGGUGAAGAUCUGGUUCCAGAACCGCCGCAACAAGUGGAAGCGGCAACUGGCCGCCGACCUGGAGGCUGCCAACCUGUCCCACGCUGCCCAAAGGAUAGUGCGGGUCCCCAUUUUGUACCACGAGAACUCGCCGGCGAGCGCCUUGGGCUUUACCCUGCCCCACAUGUCACCUCCUUUGGUGGGCUUCUCCAGCGGUGUCAGCUACCCUCUGGGCACCUUCCCCGCCGCUUCCCUCCCGUUCCUACGGUCGCAGAUGACAGGACUCGUUUGA